AUGUCGAAUCUGUCAGAUGACGACUCGUCUGAGUAUAGACUGUAUAGUUCAGAUAGUUCGGAAGCGUCUUCUAUCAGUUCUGAACACUUAGAGGACAGCUUUUUUUCGGCAAGCGAAGAAUUUUUCCCCUACAACUACAACGACAACGUUGAGUCUGUUGAACCGAUUGCCACUGAACAAGAAGCGGCUGCUUAUGCAGUAAAACUGGCUCAGGAAGAAGAGGAGGAAGAGAUUCUUUGGAGCCGGUUUUCAGGAGAAGAUAACGUCGAAAACUGGUAAGUUUUUUAUAUUUGUUCUUGAACAUGUAGGUAGCCAUGGGGACAUACUUACAGACUGUAUGCUUGACUGCAUGGGACACAUGUGUAUUGAUAUUUUCGCUCAGUAACAAAGUUAUUGUCAUAUUUUCAGUUUUUCACUCUCUCUGCUUGUGUUGUUUAAUAGGUGUAAGUGUUCCAAUUGCUCAUUAGAGUUUGUGGCGAAAUAUGAUGAAUGUAGAUGCUGUAUGGAAAUCGAGCAAUGCAAAACAAGGAUGGAAGAGGCUGAAAUUCCUGAACAAUGUGUGACAGUGCAUCCUGGCUUUGCGGACAUUUGUUUAAAACGCUGGGUGUUAAGAGUUGCUGGUAUAGGCUUUAAAACCAAGAAAAAGAAAUCAUAUACUGUCAUGUUCGUUCAAGGUGAUACAGCAGAGCACGAGUAAGUUGAAUUAAUGGGAUUAAUAUUUUAAUAAAUCUGAACAUCAUAUAACAAAAUAUACACACACUGUCAAAUUACAAAGUAUAAACUGAGUGGUUACUAACUUUUCUCUCUAGAUUCUUGAGAGCUGUUGCUUACAGGCAAUUUGUUAGAAUGAUUUGGAAGUAUGUAGGGGCAUCUACAAGAAUUCCUUUGCCCUGUUGUGUCUAUAACAGUAUCCGAAGAACAUACCCAACUGAAGCAGAGGACUAUCAUGGCUAUGAAGAAGAUGACUAG